AUGGCCCUCAUAACCGGCCACUUUACUCUUGUCAACGAUAGGCACCAUCGCAUUCCGCAAUAUCGCUACAUCCGAGAGCCUCACGAAAAAUCGACUGCCAAAACAAGCCCCCCUAUCAUCAUCGACACCAUUAGCACCACCUACCCCUCCGAAGGCGUCUCCAUCGCCGAGCUCGUCUGCACCGAUAUCUUCGAUCUGACAAGAUUUAUAGCGGGAGGAAAUGACUUGGUGAUGAGGCGGAGCGGGCCUAAUCCGAUCAACUUUCGAAUCUGCUGGCCAGGCUACCACCCGUCACCCCCAUUCGUCGUCGAAGUAGCAUCCGGAAAUGGGCAGUGGGAGAUUACGCGCGCGGAGUUGGCAAAGGACAUUGCAAUUAAUAUUGUAAAGUUCUUGGGUAUGUUGCGUCAAGACGCGAUGAUACAAGGGGCCGACCCGCGAUACAGUCUCUAUGGCCUACCCUCAGAUGCCGAGGAGCGUCUUCGCAUUGUCUGUCUGCGCAACAUUAGUGGUAGAGAUUGGCAGGCAGAUAUCGACUUUUGCCCUUUCUGA